AUGACUUCACUACUGCCCGUGCCAGUGAGGCUCCAGGCUGAUCUGCAUGGCUUAUGCGACUUCUGCAUAGACAUAGACUUCACGACGCUGUUCUCUGAUCGCAAGUUCACGAGCCCGACAAAGAUGACGAGCGGUCUCUUGCUUUUCCAUCGCAACACUGAACUCUGUUACCUGUACAGUCACCUCCAAGACUGCGUCGCAUGUCCUUUCUGCACCUUCAUCGCUCAAAUAGUAGGCAAGAACCCUGCAGCUAAUGCUGGCUUGACCGCGAUAGACGUGGAACGUGGCGAGCUCAGCGACUUCAAGGGAUAUAGGGAAACCGACACCGUCCUCUCUGGUUUGAAAUUCCUGUUCCUCAACGGCUGGACCUGGGCACCGAAUCGGCGUACGCCAGGAUUCGAGCUGUGUGUUGGUAUUAUUGGAUCGCACCAGCUCUUUGUGCCAGUAUCCAUCGAAGACUUAAUAGAUUCAAUAUACGGGAUGUACAAGGAAACCAUGAAUCCAACUACACCGCCAGAUGAGACGAUACAGACGAUCGGGAAUGCUCGGAUCAUGGACACCUACAUCAAGGGCGAGAAAAGGUAUACCAUUGAGAUUCAACGACUUGGACCGAGAGUCGAUCUCAAUCGAGUAAGAUCCUGGAUAGCCAAUUGUGAGGUUAACCACCACGGAUGGUGUGCGAAAGCGGUCCAGCCGCCAAUGCCGCCUGUGGACUUCAGGUUGAUUGAUGUAUCUACCGGAACCAUCGUUGAGAUGAACACUGACUGUCGAUAUGUUGCGUUGAGCUAUCGUUGGGGGCAAGUGAAACAUCUCCAACUUACAGAGGCAACGAAAGAGGAAUUAAUGACACCUGGGGGAUUAGCCAGCAAGAUUACUUCCCUCCCGAAAACCAUUCAAGACGCCAUUUAUUUAUGCCAACAGAUUCAGGAGAGGUACUUGUGGAUAGACACAAUAUGCAUUAUGCAAGAUUCAGACGUGGAUAAGAAUGAGCAAAUCAAAAAAAUGGACUCUAUAUACGGAAAAGCAUUUCUCACAAUCGCAGCCGCAGGGGGCAGUGACGCAUCUGCCAGCCUUCCUGGUCUCCGCAAGGACUUUCAGGAUCGCCAGCCAACUCUCAAUAUUGCAGGUCUUGGACUAGUAUCUUUACAUACGGGUGUGGAGAAGUUGACCUCUCGAUCUGAGUGGAAUACUCGCGGCUGGGUAUUCCAGGAACAGGUCCUUUCAACCCGCAUCCUUUAUUUCACCUCUGACCUAGUCUACUUUGAGUGUCUGGAGUCGCUCCGACGAGAAGAUUUUAACAUCUUCGGCCCAAACGCUGAAAAGUUUAGACUAACACCAGACUCCAACGACAACUCUGGCUUUCAGGCCUACAAAACCCGCUGCAACUUCCGCCAGCAAAUCUGUGACCCAAAUCUCGACUUCUCGAAAAUCAAGGACAAUCUGCGCAAGCAUGCUCCUAUGAUGAGAGCUAUGUUCACGACAUUCUCUAUGUUGGUGAAAGACUACACUCGCCGUGACCUGACACAACAUAGCGACAUCCACAACGCCUUUCUUGGUGUCGAGAAAUUUUUGUGUAGGCACAUGGGCCCAUUCUUCCAGGGUAUUCCCGAGGCGGCAAUUACAAGUGGCUUAGCGUGGCAUUCCCUCUAUGCACAACCCAAACGGGUUCCGCAAUACCCGUCGUGGUCAUGGCUGGGGUGGAAAUUUGGCGGCGGGAACUGCGCAUGCUAUCCAGGGACCACGUGGAAUUGUGCCCCAAAAUUUUUUCGUGUUGAAAACACUAGUAUGUUAGUAAGCGUCUUCGAGGGCCAGGCGGAUAUACCAUGGCGGAAUAAGGAAGAGAAGAACACAAUAGAGGAGCAUGGCAACCUUUGGCGUAUGCCAGCGCAGUAUGAAGCUGAGCAGAUGCAAGCAGCGGGAGACAUGAUUAAGGUGCUGCACAGCCAGUGCGGAAGGUCUCCAGAUCAAGUACCUCCGCUAGAGCAUCUCCUGAUAUUUACUGCUUCGAUCGUACCGGCUGCGCAGGUCGCAGCUGGUGAGCUCAAAGUUUUGUUUACCAGGUCACGCGAGGAUGGCGCGGUUGAGACACAUGCUACAUUAGAAGUGACUUCGGAGCUCUUGUUCUUGCUCCUGGUGGAGUGGAAAGCCGGUGUCGCUUAUCGCGUGUGCCCAGACAUGUUAUUCUACGUGGACCAAUGCAAAUGGGAAGAGGUCACAAAGGCGUGGAAACUGAUAAUUCUAGCAUGA